UCAAUCAUUAUCAUGCCUGAUCUAUGAGUCGAGUGGGUGUCAACAAACUCGAUACAGUCAACGCCGACAAACUACCGAAACUUAGCAGUGACCGAUUUGACACACAACAAAUCAGCGUGACAUGGAGCCUACAAAUUUACAGAAAGCUAUAGCUGUAGCCAACAAAGCUUCACAGGAGGACCAGGAUGGAAAUUAUGAGGAGGCUGUUAAAUCUUAUCAACAUGCAGUGAAAUAUUUUCUGCAUGUAGUAAAACGUGAACCACAGGGUAAGGAGGGGAAUCAGAAGAUCAGAGAUAAGUGUAAGCAGUAUCUCGACAGAGCAGAAGAGCUCCAAGUCUAUCUUGAUAACAAAGAGAAAGAUAAACAGCAGUGGACUCAGGACAGAGCCCUGGGGGUCUCCGGUAGUAAUGAGCAGAAAGCUAUAGAUCUGGCCAGUAAGGCAUCUCAGGAGGAUAAGGCCGAAAACUAUGAUGAGGCCCUGCGUUUAUAUCAGCAUGCUGUUCAAUAUUUCCUACAUGUUGUCAAAUAUGAAGCACAGGGUGAUAAGGCCAAACAAAGUAUCCGGGCCAAAUGUGCCGAAUAUUUAGACCGGGCUGAAAAGCUGAAAGAGUUCUUGAAGAAGAAAGAGAAAGCCCCUGCGAAACCAGUGAAGGAGUCCCAGUCCAGUGACAAAGGGAAUGAGAGCGAUGGAGAAGGAGAUGACCCAGAGAAAAAGAAAUUUCAGAAUCAACUCUCAGGAGCCAUUGUCAUGGAGAAGCCGAACAUUAAAUGGAAUGAUGUCGCCGGGUUGGAGGGCGCCAAAGAGGCUUUGAAAGAAGCCGUCAUUCUGCCAAUCAAAUUCCCACAUCUCUUCACAGGUAAAAGAACUCCAUGGAGGGGCAUCCUUCUGUUCGGGCCUCCGGGAACAGGCAAAUCUUACCUGGCCAAAGCCGUAGCGACAGAAGCCAACAAUUCCACCUUCUUCUCCAUUUCCUCCUCAGACCUGGUAUCCAAAUGGCUGGGAGAGAGUGAAAAGCUGGUGAAGAACUUGUUCACGUUGGCCCGAGAGCACAAGCCCUCUAUUAUCUUCAUAGAUGAGAUCGAUUCACUCUGCGGCUCCAGGAGCGAGAAUGAAAGUGAAGCAGCUCGCAGAAUCAAAACAGAGUUUCUGGUUCAGAUGCAAGGUGUUGGGACUGACAAUGAAGGGAUCCUGGUACUGGGAGCCACAAAUAUCCCAUGGACGUUGGAUUCUGCCAUCAGAAGACGAUUUGAGAAACGUAUCUACAUCCCUCUGCCUGAAGAGCACGCUCGCGGGUUCAUGUUCAAGCUAAAUCUGGGCAGCACACCUAACGUUCUCACCGAAUCAGACUUCAUGACUCUGGGCAAGAAGACGGAUGGUUACUCUGGUGCUGACAUCAGCGUCAUCGUCAGAGAUGCUCUCAUGCAGCCCGUCAGGAAGGUUCAGUCUGCCACUCACUUUAAACGGGUACGAGGACCUUCAAGAGAUGAUCCAAAUGUCUUAGUGGAUGACCUCCUAACCCCUUGCUCCCCAGGUGACCCACAGGCUAUAGAAAUGACUUGGAUGGAUGUUCCUGGAGAGAAACUUUUGGAGCCAAUUGUUUCCAUGUCGGACAUGCUGAGGUCCCUCACCAACACAAAGCCCACCGUCAACGAGCAGGAUCUGGAGAAGCUGAAAAAGUUCACAGAGGACUUUGGACAGGAGGGCUGAACAGAGCCGGACUCCUGAAACCAAAGCAAACAGAAUGUGAUUGUAACGUCUUAUCUCUUGCCCUUCACACGCCCCUCUCUUCCUUUCGUACCCAUGCUCUUCCUCUGACCGACGGCCCCCCUCAGCUCAGGCUAAAUGCUAGAUGUAAUUUGAAAUGUGCAUCUCUUCAAGCCCACCUCAGUUGUUUUUAAUAGCUACUCUGCCUGCAAGGCUGCCAUCAGUACCUUGUGACCAUCAUGCAUCUUUCAUCUUUAA